AUGAGCUGGAGCUCCAAAGUCGUGCUGCUUCACUGGAUCUCCACACUCCUGCUACUUCUCCAAAGCGCCGCCGGCUUCGACGGCGCCAUCGCCGCUGCGCCCGACGGCUUCCUCCAGGCGGCCUUUGAGCCCUGGACCCGCAACACAACGUCGCGCGCCUGGACCGGCGGCGACGUCGGUGCGUCCUGCGCGCUGACGCCGACGCGCACGCUGUGGGUCUUCGGGGACACGCUCAUCGGCCACUGGGACGGGAAGCGACGGGUGAGCGAGGGCGCCGCGAUGCCGCACAGCUCCGUGGGCGUCUGGGACCUCGGCGCGGCGCCCCGCGACGCGAUGACGUGGCGCUGGGGCCCGGGCAACGCGUCCUUCUUCCGGCCGUCCUGGGAGAGCUCGAAGGAGGCGUUCUGGGCGGCGGUGACGGCGCCGCGACUCGUCGACGGCCGCGUGCUGGUGCUCGGCAACCGGGUCUUGUACACCGGCGAGGGCGGGCCGAUGGGCUUCCGGACGAACGAGUCCUUCAUCUUUACGAUCGACGGGGCGGCGGACCGGCCCGACGACCCGGCGAGCUGGGAACUGGACUACUUUUCGCUCCCACACACGGGCAACCUGAGUACGGGCGGCUUCGUCGACUUCGCGCGGGGCGCGCUCCUCGUCGGGCCCUGGCUCUACCUCUACGGCAAUGUGCGCACGGCAGCUACCGGCGGCCGGGAAGUGCUGAGCAGAAUCCCCUGGGCGGACUUGCGGGAGAGGAAUUUUUCAGCGCAGGAGUACUGGACGGGCGCGUGGCGGCGCGGCUGGGGCGACGACCUGCCGGAGGCGCUCGCGACGCUCUGGAGCCCCCAGGUUGCCGAGAUGCAGCCCCAGUGGUGCGACAAAACGGGCUCCUACGUCGCGCUGACGAUCCCCUUCGGUUCCACGCGCGUGGAGCUCCGCGCGGCGCCCGCGCCCGAGGGGCCCUGGACGGACCCGCGCAAGGUCUACGACAUCCCGCCGCCGCAGAACGACACGACGAAAUUUUUCUGCUACGCGACGAUGCAGCACGACGUCGCGAGCCUGCCCCGGGACCCGUCCUCGCCGCCGCCGGACCUCGUCUUCACCUACGUCUGCAACGGGCGGACGCUCGCGGACGUCUUCGCGCCGGGCGCGGAGGCGUCCUACAUCCCCCAGUUCGUACGGCUGAGCUUCCUGUAA